CUUGAUUCCUCCUUAGCCGAUAGAAAGAAGAAUUUGCAGAGAAGACGAAGCGACAAUGAAGGUCCAACGGUCAACCUUUUUCGCGUUCAACGGGAAGUCGAAUCUUCAUCACUUUCACUCCUCUCAGGGAAUUCGCAUUUCCGAGCUCGAAUCACGAGAGUUUGUGUCGAAGUUACUUGAUAGGAAAUGGGGAUUACAGAGUCCUGCAACCCCAAUUCAGAGAAUCAGUGUUUCUUCUGCUAAAGAAACUUGUAAGGAACAAGGAAUCGGAAAAUUCUCCUUCUUCAACAACACUAGUCCAAAUCUCGGGGAUGAAGUGUCAAAAGGAAAUCAAGAAUCGUCUUUUUACAUUAUGAGAGAUGAUCUCUUACAUCCUCUUGUGAAUGGCAACAAAGCUAGAAAGCUUGAUGCUUUGUUACCACUUCUUCAGGAUCAUAAAGUGACUGAUUUGGUUACAUGUGGAGGGUGUCAAAGUGCUCAUACAGCUGCAGUUGCGGUUUCGUGUGCCGAGAGAGGUAUAAGAUCACAUUUGCUACUGCGUGGAGAACAGCCCGACGUUUUGACCGGUUAUAACCUCGUUUCAACUAUGUAUGGAAAUGUUGAGUACAUUCCAAGAUCUAGGUAUGCGAAUAGAGAGCAAAUGCUGAAAACUCACGCUGAUCUGGUUGCUGGAGAAGAUGGUUCUGUUUUAUGGGCUAAAGAUAUCGUUGAGGACCUUGAGGCUAUGGAUGUUGCAAAAAUGGAUGAUUUUUCUACUUCCAAAGCUUCUCCUAGAAAGGUUCUGAUCGUCAAUGAAGGUGCAGGAGAUGCUCUUGCAUUACUCGGGCUUUGUCACUGUGCAGGUAUGUUUCGGUUAGUGCAGUAUUUGUCACAGGAUCAUUUACUUGGGAAGACAAGGCCGGUCAAAUUUGUAGUUGAUGCUGGUACUGGAACAACUGCUGUGGGUUUAGGAGUUGCAGCUAUGUCUUUUGGGUUAGGAGCUUUGUUCACAAGAUUUAUACUAUUUGUGUCUGUUUUCUUUUCGCUUGCCGAAGCUUUUAGCAUCUUAAUCACCAGCUCACUUAAAGUUCUUCAUAGGCUUCCAUGGGAGAUCAAUGCAGUGAUGCUUGCUGAUACACUCGAAAAUUACAAGAGACAUGAAGAUCGGUUGAUGGCAGAAUUUACGAGGCAGUUUCUUGCCUCGAUGGUCUGCAGCAGCUUGGAUAUGAUCAAAUGGGUAGAUCGUCAACACCCGAGAAAAUUUGGGAAGGUCUUGGAAGGAGAAGUGGAGAUGUGUAGGAAAAUUGCGCAAGAGACAGGAGUCUUAGUGGAUCCAAUGUACACUUUAGCUGCUUGGGAGACGGCAACAGAGCUUGUGCAAGACGAGAAAUCAAGCAUUGUAGUGAUGCUUCACACUGGAGGCACUCUUGGGAUGUUUGGUCUUGCUCAAAGAUACAAAUCUUGCUUCACUAACUUGACAGAUUAGGCUUUAGCAUGAUACAAUUUCCAAGAAUUCAGAAACAUAAAUCUUAAGAUGAAUAGAAAACUUCAAUUUUGUAGGACAAAUUCUCCACUAAACAA